AUGUUAUUUGUUAAAAGUGCCAAUAAUACCACGUUUCUUCAAAAGUUUCUCUUAAAGUCCAAAGACGACAUAGAACUCGCCAUUAAUGAACCUUCCCUCUUUGCAGCAUCUUCAUGUUUUUCAUCAACGCGUAACACCAUGAGUGAUUUAAAUCGGAUUUUUAAAUUUUUCAUUAUUGAAUAUCAAGAUAGCGGAGAUCAUGCCAGGCUUCCAUUUCAUUGCUUAGCUGAAAGUUGGGGAU